AUUCGUUCUAAAUAAAACAUGGAAUAUUAUAAAGACAAAUUAAAAACAGACUGUGAGGAAAUACUCCGUCGUUUCCAAGCCACAGCGUCCGUCAGGUUUGAGGAGUUUUCAGCCAUUUGGAGAGAAAUGAAGUUUUCGCAUGUAUUUUAUGGUCUGUUGGAGCUUAAUGCAACAAGAAACUUCACCCGACUGGCUCUGUCUACAGCGUAUCCGUACCUCCUCCCUCCGUACUCCUUCCAGAUCCGUGUAGGAGGUCUUUAUCUUCUUUAUGGCCUCUACAAUGCUCAGCUCAUCACUCCUAAAGAGAAGAUCCGGUUGGCUCUGAAGGACUGGGAUGACCUGAUGCGCUUCAAAAGGGACGCAAUUGAUGCACAACACUACGAUGUUGGGUAUAUCCUUAAAAAACUCCAGUCUGAUAAAGCCUUCUGUUUCACAGCCAUGCCCAAACCGCUAUGCUUUACGGUGAAGAAGAAGAGGAUAGAAAGGAGGGAGCCGCUGUGCGAAUCGUUUGUAGAUCGACCGUCCCGGCCACAAGAGCUCAUCAGCUCAGACAUGCUUGAGGAAUUGGCUAAUGUACAUGAGCAUUAUGAAGGUCUGAAAAAAGCGGUGUCCGUACAGCCGGAUCAGUCUGAUCUAAAUCUGAUCAAACAGAAUCUGGAACCAAGAUUGCGCAAUUCUGUGCUCACUUUCUACAACUGGCAGCAGAACCAAACCAAUCAGGAUGAUGGAGAUGCAGGAGAAGGAACAUCCAGCCAAGAUGAGAGUUCACGCAGAGCACAGCUCCUUGCUUCAAUAAAAUCCAGAUCUUACGGACAGGCUGUUGAGGCUUCUAAGUCCCGACGCCACAGACAAAUAGAGCUAACAUCAGCUGCCACAGAGCCUACCCAGAGAACGUCGACCUGUAAGAGGCCUCUGUCCCUGAAGGAGCACACAGAGACUUGCCUAAUGACCGAUGACCUGAACAAAGAGCUGCUGAGUUCCACCAAGUUAUGGCGUCUCACCAACACAGAAAACGAGAACACUGAAGAGAAAAAGAAAAGAAGAUUCAACUGGAAAGAGUCAGCAAGGUGAUGCCUGACAGACUGACCGGAGCGAUCGUACCGGCUUUGUGGGUCAUAACAGAUGCUGCUUAUGGGUAAUAUUUGACUGGAUGCUGCUGUCACAGGCCUUAACAGCAUUCAGGUACACCAGGCUGUGAUUGGUCAUAUUUAUUUGUAAGUGCUCAUGAGUGGUCUCCUGAUUGGUGACAUGUACACAUCCUGUUUUGAAUAUGUAUACCUGGACGAGCUUAUGCAGCUUUGCAAGUUUUUAGAAAUCCCAUGACGGGUCAAGUCUGAUGGGACUGGUUGUGAUGGGUCGUGUUCAAUGCAACAGACUUGUGAUCGAUGUAAUGGGUCACUUCUGAUUAGACAGUAUUUUGAAAGGUCUCAUGAACAGCUGAGCUUGUGAUGGGUAACAUCUGAUUUUAAAGGCCUGUGGUGGUGAGUCAUGUCUGAUAAGACAAACUUACCUGUUAUCUUUUAUUCAGCAAGCUUAUAGUGGAGCAGAUGAUCAGAUGGACAAACUUCUUCUGGGUCAUGUUUAACAGGAAGGACUUGUGACUGGUCACCUGCUGUGUUUUGUUUAUUAGACGACUUGUGAGCUGUCAUGUUUGAACCGGGUCCUGAUUUUAUAUCACUGCUUUUAUCUUUGUUUUUAAAAUAGUCAUUUUCUUAAUUUGAUUCAUUGUUUUACUGAUAGAUUGAUUAAUGCAUGUGGAUUUAGAGACUACAAACUGAAACAUGCUGUAUGUUUGCAAGGAUAUGUUUUAACUUGUUUUAAAACACUGGUUUAAAAAUGUUUCUGUAAAAAAAGUUAUUAAUGUUCAUCUUACUGUAUUUUAGAUAAAAGAUCUUAUG